UUCUGACAUUUCAUCUACCCUCUCUUUUACAGAUAAACUGCUGCGGGCAAAUAUCAAUUUCCAAUAAAGUUGCAUCAUUUAAAAUUAAUAAAAUAUUUAAAUAUUAAUUUUAUACGUAGUGAAAAGACUGUUUUUAUUUAAAUAAUAGAAAAAUCAAACAUGUCAGGAGAGAAUAAAGAACCGAUAUACACUUCUGAUAGCCAAGGGAGUGACGAAAAUGGGGACGGCAGCGAACAAAAGCCCUUUAAGACUAUUCUACAAGCAAUGCGGAAAGCUGGAGCUGAACCUUUUCCAGUUAUUUAUGUAGAUGGAAAAGAAGAGGGAGUCAAGUAUGAACCAGCUGCCAAGUCACAAUUGAAGAAAAUACAGAAAAUUUGGGUAAGGGAGAGCUAUAAACAGGCUGACAAAUCCAAAAAAGAAGAGGAAGAUGCAGAAAAGAGGUCCAAAAACUUGGAGGAUGCCAAAAAGAUUGCUCUCAGUGAGGAUAAAUCUCUGCCAGAAGCCAAGAGGAUAAAGAUUUCAGACGGAAGCAAAAACAGAGAUCAAAGGGUAAAAAUAUAUGGCUGGGCUCACAGGAUUAGAAGACAAGGAAAAAACCUAAUGUUUGUAACUUUGAGAGAUGGUACAGGCUUCUUGCAGUGCAUACUCAAUGACAAACUUUGCCAGACUUACAAUGCAUUGGUCCUACAAACAGAAUCUUCGAUAGUGUUAUUUGGUACCAUCAAGGAAGUGCCGGAAGGAAAAAUAGCUCCGGGCGGACAUGAACUUCUUGUGGACUAUUGGGAAUUGAUAGGUUUAGCCCCUCCAGGAGGAGCAGACUCAAUUUUGAAUGAGCAAGCUUUGCCUGAUGUUCAAGCUGAAAACAGGCAUAUUAUGAUUAGGGGAGAGAACACAUCCAAAGUCUUACGAAUGAGAUCUGUCUUACUACAGGCAUUCAGAGACCACUAUCAAGACAGAGGUUACUGUGAGAUCACACCACCAUCCAUAGUACAGACUCAGGUGGAAGGAGGAUCCACUUUGUUUAAAAUGGACUAUUUUGGCGAAGAGGCCUAUUUGACACAAAGUUCGCAGUUGUACCUUGAAACAUGUCUUCCAUCUAUGGGAGAUGUCUACUGUAUAGCUGAGAGCUUUAGAGCAGAACAAAGCAGAACCAGAAGACAUUUAGCUGAAUAUUCCCAUGUUGAAGCAGAGUGUCCAUUUAUCACUUUUGAUGACCUUUUGAACAGGCUCGAAGAUCUUAUUUGUGAUGUAGUUGAUCGUGUUUUAAAAUCCCCCUAUGGCGAGAUUGUUCACGAGCUCAACCCCAACUUCCAAGUGCCAGAAAGACCCUUCUUGAGGAUGAACUAUUCAGAUGCUAUCGAAUAUCUCAAAAAGAACAACAUCACCAAGGAGGAUGGCACAUUUUAUGAAUUUGGAGAGGACAUUCCAGAGAUGCCGGAAAGAAAGAUGACAGACCAAAUCAACAAGCCUAUCAUGCUCUGUAGAUUCCCUGCCAACAUCAAAUCUUUCUACAUGAGCAAAUGUCCAGAGGAUGCCAGAUUGACGGAAAGUGUUGAUGUUUUGUUGCCAAAUGUAGGCGAAAUUGUGGGAGGAUCAAUGAGGAUAUGGGAUCUAGAAGAGCUAUUAGCGGGAUACAAACGUGAGGAAAUAGAUCCAGCUCCAUAUUUCUGGUACACAGACCAACGUAAAUAUGGUACAUGUCCACAUGGAGGUUAUGGUUUGGGUUUGGAGAGAUUUGUAUGUUGGCUGCUCAACAGAUAUCAUAUUAGAGAAGUCUGUUUGUACCCGCGGUAUCUGCAUCAUUGUAAACCUUAAGGUGAUUCAGCUAAAUAUACAGACAACUAUGCAUUUAAUAUUUUGUUAUAUUUAUAUUUUUCUUUGAUCUUGCUUUAACAAAAGUGGCAUUACAGUUCUCUUCCGAAUAAA